UGCAUCUGAUUGUCGUCGGUGCCGACACCCACGGCGGCAACCGCCUUCCCUUUCUCAGCCGGAACACCAGUUUUCUUGUGGCCAUCAUUCCACCAUUCGGGGUAACCGACCAGUUUAAAACACUGAUCUUUAGUGUGCUUCAACAUACCACAGUGACUGCACUUUAGUUUUGAUUUAUCCACUCGAGAUGGAGGUUUUCCAGAGGAGUCGGAUCUGCGGUGUUGCCCCUUCGUGACAAGCCCUAUCCCACCGGAAUCUUGUGACCCGCCGGAAUCGUAUGACCCGCCAGCAACAAGACCGGCCGCCACGCCAGGCAGUGGGUUUUCAGUGGUGGCUCCAAGGAUUCCUUGGUGAGCCAUCUCUUUUCGAACAGCCGCGUAGGCCCCCUCUGCCGAGGGAAGCGGAUCCCAUCGAAGGAUAUCUCGUUUGAUAGGGUCAAAUCUUCGAUCUAGGGCAUUAAAAAAUUGGAAGAGUUUUUGUUCAGACCUGAUACUAUUGUAUGUGGCUAUAUCGAUGGCACACUUCAUUGGAUUCAGAUCUCUUCUCUCGAUUUCACCCCAUAUGCCUUGCAGGGCUAUCCAAAAAUCUUCAAGAGGAGCCCCAUUCUGCUUGAUUUCAUUUGCUUUGACGUGUAGGUCGAAGGUUCAAUGUUUUGUAUUAGCCAUGAGAACACGAUUAAAUCAUCUUGUUCCCAUUGCUCGUACCGGUCGUCUAAUGGAUCUGGCGGUGCGGGAUCACCCGAAAGAUGGCUUAACAAACUUGUGGAUUUUCCCCCAAUCGCAACUCGGAUCAUCCUAGCGCAAAGGGCGUAAUUCUGGCUGUUAAGCUUGAGACUGAUCUUCAAGCUAUCGGAUAAACUUUGUUUCGUGGUUUGAUUCUGGUUAUUGAGGGUUGUUUUGAAAAGGAGAUGGAGGCAACAUUGAUAUGUCAACAUCCGAUGCCGUGGCCUUGAGAAUUACUCACCAUGCAGAGUUUACACCAUCAUUUUCUCCGGAGGGAUUUGAUCUCCCUAAGGCAUACUUUGCCACUGCACAAAGUAUACGUGAUUCACUUAUCAUCAAUUGGAAUGCAACUUAUGACAUGUAUGAAAGGUCGAAUGUAAAGCAAGCGUACUAUUUGUCUAUGGAAUUUUUACAGGGAAGAGCACUAUUGAAUGCCAUUGGUAACUUAGAGCUAAGCGGUGCUUAUGGAGAUGCUUUGAGCAAGCUUGGCCACAAACUUGAGGAUGUGGUUUCACAGGAACCAGAUGCUGCUCUAGGAAAUGGGGGGCUUGGCAGGCUUGCUUCUUGUUUUCUGGACUCUUUGGCAACAUUAAAUUAUCCAGCUUGGGGUUAUGGGCUCAGAUACAAGUAUGGUUUGUUCAAACAGCUAAUCACAAAAGAAGGUCAGGAGGAGAUUGCUGAAAACUGGCUUGAGAUGGGAAAUCCUUGGGAGAUUGUGAGAAAUGACAUCUCCUAUCCCGUAAAAUUUUAUGGGAAAGUUGUCACAGGUUCUGAUGGAAAGAGGCGUUGGAUUGGGGGAGAAGAUAUAGUGGCUGUUGCAAGUGAUGUCCCAAUACCAGGAUAUAAAACAAAAACGACGAUCAACCUUCGUCUAUGGUCCACUAAAGUUCCAUCGGCAGAUUUCGAUUUGUCUGCUUUCAACUCUGGAGAACACACUAAAGCAUGUGAAAGCCAAGCAAAUGCGGAAAAGAUAUGCUAUAUACUAUAUCCAGGGGAUGAUUCGUUGGAAGGGAAGACGCUCAGACUGAAACAACAAUAUACAUUAUGCUCCGCCUCUCUCCAAGAUAUUAUCACACGUUUUGAGAAGAGAUCUGGGGAGAAUGUGUUAUGGAAAGAAUUUCCAGAGAAGGUUGCUGUGCAGAUGAAUGAUACCCACCCGACACUCUGCAUUCCGGAGCUGAUGAGGAUAUUGAUGGAUUUGAAGGGAAUUAGCUGGAAGGAAGCUUGGGAUAUCACCCAAAGAACUGUGGCUUACACCAACCAUACUGUUUUACCUGAAGCAUUAGAGAAAUGGAGUUUAGAACUCAUGCAGAAACUUCUCCCGCGGCAUGUGGAGAUCAUAGAACUGAUUGAUGAGGAGUUGAUCAUUGGCAUCGUAGCAGAGUUUGGAAAAUCAAAUCUUGAAUUGUUGGAAAGAAAGUUGAAUGCUAUGAGAAUUCUCGAAAAUGUUGAACUGCCAUCGUCCAUAAUUGAUCUGUUUAUGAAACCAAAAGAAGUGUCUGCCAUUGAUACAUGUGAAGUGUUAGAGGUUUCUAAUAAAGACUCCGUUGCUGCUGCUGAUGAAUUUGUUGGAAAAAGCAAGGAGAAAGAGGUUGAUCAAGAACCCGUACAAAAAGGUGAACAGAAGGAAGAGGCCGAUCUGCAACCAGCUCCUGUACCACAAAAAAUGGUCCGUAUGGCUAAUCUAUGUGUUGUUGGUGGCCAUGUUGUCAACGGGGUUGCUGAGAUUCACAGUGAGAUUGUAAAGCAGGAUGUUUUCAACGACUUCUAUAAGCUUUGGCCUGAGAAAUUUCAAAACAAAACAAAUGGGGUGACACCCAGAAGAUGGAUAUAUUACUGCAAUCCUGAACUCAGCAAAAUCAUAACCAAGUGGACACGGGGAGAUGACUGGGUACUGAACACUGAAAAAUUGUCUGAACUGCGUAAGUUUGCAGAUAACGAGGAUCUCCAAAGCGAGUGGAGAGCUGCAAAAAGGAUCAACAAAAUGAAGGUUGUAUCAUUCCUCCAAGAAAAAACAGGAUAUCGUGUCAGUCCCGAUGCAAUGUUUGACAUCCAGGUGAAACGCAUUCAUGAAUACAAGAGACAGUUGUUAAAUAUCUUGGGAAUUGUUUACCGCUACAAGAAGAUGAAAGAAAUGAAUGCCUUUGAGAGGAAAGAAAAAUUUACCCCACGGGUUUGCAUAUUUGGGGGGAAAGCAUUUGCCACAUAUGCGCAAGCCAAAAGAAUUGUGAAACUCAUCACAGAUGUCGGGAUGACAAUAAACCAUGAUCCCGACAUUGGGGACUUACUGAAGGUUGUAUUUGUUCCCGAUUACAAUGUAAGCGUUGCCGAAUUGUUGAUUCCUGCCAGUGAGCUAUCACAGCAUAUCAGUACCGCUGGAAUGGAAGCAAGUGGAACUAGCAACAUGAAGUUUUCCAUGAAUGGUUGCAUCUUGAUUGGGACAUUGGAUGGGGCAAAUGUGGAAAUAAGGGAAGAAGUUGGAGAAGACAACUUCUUUCUUUUUGGCGCUCAAGCCCAUGAGAUAUCAGGGUUACGGAAGGAAAGAGCCGAGGGCAAGUUUGUGCCCGACCCUCUUUUCGAAGAAGUGAAGGAAUACGUUAGAAGUGGUGUAUUUGGGCCUUACGAUUAUGAUGAACUAAUGGGAUCUUUAGAAGGGAAUGAAGGCUUUGGCCGUGCAGAUUACUUCCUUGUGGGCAAGGACUUCCCGAGUUACAUAGAAUGCCAAGAGAAGGUUGAUGAGGCAUAUCGAGACCAAAAGAGAUGGACUCGAAUGUCGAUCUUGAACUCAGCUGGGUCAUACAAGUUCAGCAGUGAUCGAACCAUUCACGAGUAUGCUCGAGACAUAUGGAAUGUUCAACCUCUUCAACUUCCUUGA